AGUGGACAGCCAGAGACGUACAUUCUGUCGUCGUGUUUCGAGGCGAUGAUUAGUGAGUUGAUCAAAGCGACGGAUCGGGCUGAUGCGCAUAUAUCGAACCUGCGAAUCGCAGCGUUUGAAACACUGAUGGAACUGAUCAAAAACAGUCCGAAGGAUUGCUAUCCGGUGGUACAGAGCACUACGAUCGUAAUGCUGAAGAAGUUAGAGCAACUGCUCAACAUUGAGAACUCUUUGGAAACUACAUCUGAUAAGGCACUUCUUUUCUUUUAUUGUUGCGUUACUUCAAUCAGUCAAUUGCGAGAUUUGGAAUCACUUUUAUGUGCAACGUUACAAUCAGUGCUACGUAAGAUGCGUGAGGAGGAUAUUCCGCUGAUCGGUGACGCUAUCAUGCAGGGUCUUUUGCAGAUUAUGCAGAGGUCAGUACCUUUAAACUUUAAAAAUUUUAGAUGUCAGUGA